UCAGUCCUGGCCUAUUUUAAGGAAGAGAAAUAUAAAGGAAAUUUAGUGUGCUUCCUUCUCCUUCCAUGAAGACUGUUUGCAUUGUUUCCUUUGCUUCUUAAAAGAAACUCCACCCAUCCCAGUAGAACGUGACUGAAACAGGAUUUCUGAGAAAGCAGCAAGAAGUAGAAGAAGAAAUAGCUAUUUCACAGCAGUAACAGAAGCUACCUGCUGUAAAGACCUCAACACUGCUGACCAUGAUCAGCCCAGCCUGGAGCCUCUUCCUCAUUGGGACUAAAAUUGGGCUGUUCUUCCAAGUGGCACCUCUGGCAGUUAUGGCUAAAUCUUGCCCAUCUGUGUGUCGCUGUGACGCGGGUUUCAUUUACUGUAACGAUCGCUCUCUGACAUCCAUUCCAGCGGGAAUUCCGGAGGAUGCUACAACACUCUACCUUCAGAACAACCAAAUAAACAAUGUUGGGAUUCCUUCAGAUUUGAAAAACUUGCUGAAAGUACAAAGAAUAUACCUAUACCACAACAGUUUAGAUGAAUUUCCUACCAACCUUCCAAAGUACGUGAAAGAGUUGCAUUUGCAAGAGAAUAAUAUCAGAACUAUCACGUAUGAUUCACUUUCGAAAAUCCCGUACCUGGAAGAGCUCCACUUGGAUGAUAACUCAGUUUCUGCUGUUAGCAUUGAAGAAGGAGCAUUUCGAGACAGCAACUAUCUGCGACUGCUUUUCCUGUCCCGCAACCACCUUAGCACAAUCCCCGGCGGCUUGCCCAGGACUAUCGAAGAGUUGCGCCUGGAUGACAAUCGCAUAUCAACUAUCUCUUCACCGUCACUUCAUGGUCUCACUAGCCUGAAACGCCUGGUUUUGGAUGGAAACUUGUUGAACAACCAUGGUUUGGGUGACAAAGUUUUCUUCAACUUAGUAAACUUAACAGAACUGUCCCUGGUGCGGAAUUCCUUGACAGCCGCACCAGUGAACCUUCCGGGCACAAGCCUGAGGAAGCUUUACCUUCAAGACAACCACAUCAACCGGGUACCCCCAAACGCUUUUUCUUAUUUAAGGCAGCUGUAUCGACUCGAUAUGUCCAAUAAUAACCUAAGCAAUUUACCUCAGGGUAUCUUUGAUGAUUUGGACAAUAUAACCCAACUGAUUCUCCGCAACAACCCCUGGUAUUGUGGGUGCAAGAUGAAAUGGGUACGAGACUGGUUACAGUCGCUACCUGUGAAGGUCAAUGUGCGUGGGCUCAUGUGCCAAGCCCCAGAAAAGGUUCGGGGGAUGGCUAUCAAGGACCUCAGUGCGGAACUGUUUGAUUGUAAAGAUAGUGGGAUUGUGAGCACCAUUCAGAUAACCACUGCAAUACCUAACACAGCUUAUCCUGCUCAAGGACAGUGGCCAGCUCCUGUGACCAAACAACCAGAUAUUAAAAACCCCAAGCUCAUUAAGGAUCAGAGAACUACAGGCAGCCCCUCACGAAAAACAAUUUUAAUUACUGUGAAGUCUGUCACCUCUGACACAAUCCAUAUCUCCUGGAGACUUGCUCUGCCUAUGACUGCUCUACGACUCAGCUGGCUUAAACUGGGCCACAGCCCAGCGUUUGGAUCUAUAACAGAAACAAUAGUAACAGGAGAACGCAGUGAAUACUUGGUCACAGCCCUAGAACCUGACUCGCCCUAUAGAGUAUGCAUGGUUCCCAUGGAAACCAGUAACCUUUACCUGUUUGAUGAAACUCCUGUUUGUAUUGAGACGGAAACGGCUCCUCUUCGAAUGUACAACCCCACAACCACCCUCAAUCGAGAGCAAGAGAAAGAACCUUACAAAAAUCCGAAUUUACCUUUGGCGGCCAUCAUUGGUGGCGCUGUGGCCCUGGUAACCAUCGCCCUCCUUGCUUUGGUGUGUUGGUAUGUACAUAGGAAUGGGUCGCUGUUCUCGCGGAACUGUGCGUACAGCAAAGGGAGGAGAAGAAAGGACGACUAUGCAGAAGCUGGCACUAAGAAGGACAACUCCAUCCUGGAAAUCAGGGAAACUUCUUUUCAGAUGCUACCCAUAAGCAAUGAACCCAUCUCCAAGGAGGAGUUUGUAAUACACACCAUAUUUCCUCCUAACGGGAUGAAUCUAUACAAAAACAACCACAGUGAGAGCAGUAGUAACCGAAGCUACAGAGACAGUGGGAUUCCAGACUCAGACCACUCACACUCAUGAUGCAGGAGGUCCCAUGCCAGACUGCUUCAGGGUUUUUAAACCUAAGAAAGGUGAUGGUAGGAACUCCCUUCUACUGCAAAACACUGGAAAAGAGACUGAGAAAAGCAAUGUACUGUACAUUUGCCAUAUAAUUUAUAUUUAAGAACUUUUUAUUAAAAGUUUCAGAUUUCAGGUU